AUGAAGGUUUAUCAGAGAGCGCGUUCGCCUGGUCUUUUACUAGCUUCCACUCGCGUGGGAGAAUUAUCCAAUGUGACUGGCGACGACUAUAUCCAUACUAUCCGCUGUGUUAAUAUGGACUUGAAAGCGUAUAGUGUUAGUGAUGAUUCAAGUUCAGGGUUUGUUUGGGUGCAUAAGAUAUCGAGGACUUAUCUCCGCUUGGUAUCGUUGUGUUACAAUAAAAAGCAAGGAACUGAAUCUGCCCUGAUGAGCUCGGAUGACUGGUUCACGUUGCCCGGCCGAGGUGACGCUGUGGUGGAGCUAUGGAGGUCGAAAAUGGAGGAAGGUGUGCUGGCACCAGCGCACUUCUUGGACCACUGGAGGGUCACUGUCCCCAGGAUAUACUCUCCACAACCUAACAGGACUUGUUUAGACUGGUCUUUCGAUGAGGACUUAGCAGCCAAACUGCUUAUCCAACCUUUGGAGCAGUUCGUUUGGGGCAACAGCGAUGGAUCUCAGCCGCCGUUACCACGACGGUCUACCCUCUGUGGUCGUGUGUUCAAGCAGGGCGACCCAGCAUACAGCUGUAGGGAAUGCGGCAUGGACAACACAUGUGUGUUGUGCGUGGAGUGUUUCAAGGUGUCUGCCCACCGGCACCAUAAGUACAAGAUGGGUCAGUCCAGCGGCGGGGGUUGCUGCGAUUGUGGUGACACUGAAGCUUGGAAGAGGGAUCCAUUCUGCGAGUUACAUGCGGCUUCAGAGAAUGACAAUCAAGAGGAAGCUACAAUCAAACCGGAGGUGGUGGAACGCAUGAAGAUAGUGGCUUCGGUCUGUCUCACCUACUGCCUGCGACUGCUGACUCACGACCACGCUCCUGGUUUACCCAAUGAUCUCAGGUUGAAAGAUGCGGAGCGCGAUCUGCUGCAGAUACUUGACCAACCAGACUGCUACUGCACAGUCCUCUACAACGACGAGACCCACACAUUUGACCAGGUCAUAACUACUCUUGUAAGAGUAACGAAAUGUAACCAAAGAGAUUCCCUGGAACUCGUGAGUUUGAUAGACCGCGAGGGUCGAGCGCUGGUCAAGUGCAACUCGUUCCAGGUCUGCGAUAAGCUGAAGACGGAUAUCGAAAUGUUCACGUCGCGCCAUGGACCCAGCCUCAAGGUGCUCGUCAUGCACGCCCACGUCAUCGCGCACCAGACCUUCGCGAUGAAACUGCUGCAUUGGCUACAAAACUUCGUAAGUCAAGAACCAAGUCUACGGCUGGCCGUUAGCCAAGUGGCACUUGGGGAAGAAGUCUGGGGGGCUAGCACGUCCGUAGGGGGUGGUGGCGGGGUCGCUUGUGGUGUCAUGCAGAAUGACUCGCGCAUGUGGAAAGCUGCCCGCACCGCGUGGCACCGGCUUCUCAUUGCCACCACGCUCAUGGACUACUCAACGAAGCGAGCCAUGGCCAUAUUGUUCACUAAGAAUUAUGGUUCCAUAUUAAAAGAUUUCAUCAAAGACGACCACGACCACUCGUUCUCGAUAUCAUCUCUGUCGGUACAACUGUACACGACGCCGACUCUGGCGCACCAUCUAAUCGCGAAACAUGACGCGCUGUUUGUAGUCAUGAAUACCUUCAUAAGCGAGUGUAAUCGCCGCUGUAAUCCACAAACUGGUCGCCUAGAAUUUGACCGGACACAUAUACCGAUGGCGUUUAAGCGUGCGCAGUUCAUUCUGUACGAUGUGAAGUACCUCCUCAGUUCGGUACCGACCUCCUUCGACGAUGAUCUACGCAAGGGCUUCAUGCAUGGCAUGUCCCUGAUGCUGAACUUGCUCGUCAUGAUGCAGGGAAUGGACUCUGUCGUCAGACAGGUUGGCCAGCACAUGGAGUAUGAGCCGGAAUGGGAGUCUGCCUUCAAUCUGCACGUGAAGCUGGCGCACAGCAUCACGCUGUCCCUAGAGUGGUGCGCGGCAGAAAAGACCCUAGCCACGGCCGUCUACCGCAUGGCGCUAAGGAAAUACAGCGAGACUUACACUCCACCACCCAGGGUUGUCCGGGAGCUGGGCAACCAGAGCGCGUCGGUGAUCCCGUACGACGUGUCGACGGAGCCGGUGUCGAUCCACCGGCCGCUGUCGCGGUACAUCGCCGGCCUGCAUCUACUGCUGCACGCCCACGGACUCUCCUACCACAGCCGGGAGUUCGACCGACAGGACAAACCCAAGCCUACGCCUGUCGAGCUCAUUGAGCCAGUCCUGCAAACGAUGGCGAUGAUAGGUCAGGUGCACGCGGGCAUGUGGCGACGGAACGGGUUCGCUCUGAUCAACCAACUCUACUUCUACCAGAACGUCAAGUGUCGCGCGGAGAUGCUCGACAGAGAUGUUGUCAUGCUACAGAUCGGAGCCUCUCUUAUAGAGAGCAACGAGUUUAUAAUCCACGUACUGAACAAGUUCAACUUGCUGGAGUGGGCGGCGCCGGACUUCGAGCAGCGCAGUCUGGAGGACGACACCCUCCGACAUACCAUCUCCAUGCUCGAGGAGUUCUUAGGCUUGCUCAUCACCAUCUACGGGUCCCGCUACGUACCUGGCGUGGGCGAGGUAACCAACGAGGACCGCACCAUGAAGGAAAUUAUACAGAUGUUGUGUGUCAAGCCCAUGCCUCACUCAGAACUGAACAGGUGUCUCCCAGAAGACCAGCUCCAUGAAACCGGUUUAGAAGCAGUCAUUCACAAAGUAGCAGACUUUAUUAAGCCCACCAGUGGGAACAACCGUGGUGUUUACAAACUGAAGCCGCACUUGUACGAUGAGUACGACACCUUCUUCUACCACUACACCAGGGAGGAACUGUCCAGGAGUGAGGAGGAACAGAGGAACAGGAGAAAGGCUGCAGGUCUUCCGGAAUGCUGUCCCCCGCCAAUGCUCCCAAAGCUGGCGCCUCCAUUCCGUCUUCUCGCCAACCUGUUACAAUGUGAUGCGGUCCAUCAUGUGCUAAAGACUGUACUAGAACGGGCCUUAGACCUUAGGGCCAGGUCCUUCUCCGAGACUCAAGUGCAUAAGGCGCUGCACCUGAUAGGGUACGCGCUGCGCGACGAGGAGAGCGGGCACUACGAGUUCGUGCAGUUCGCGGAGGGCUGCGCGCGGACCGGGCUGGCCGCCCUGCUGCAGCAGCUCGCCGCCAGCCCGCGCCUCGACGCGCAUCGACAUCUCGCGCGCUGGCUGCAUCACAAGAUACGAUCUCUACUUGGACAGACUGAUGAACACAUCGGUGACGGUGAAAACAUGGACACGGAUCAGGAAGAGAAACCUACCAACGAUGAGGCUGCAGAAGCUGAAAAGUCACGUCGUGCGAAGUUAGCGGCGGAGCGCCGAGCUAAACUAAUGGCACAGAUGAAGACACAAAUGAACAACUUCAUAUCAAAGAACGCCACGCUCUUCGAAGAGACCACGACUGAGGUGACGGCGGAGGAGCAGGAGUUGCGGCCGCUGUACUGCGGCGCGGCGCUGGGCGUCUGGGGGGGCGGCGUGCCCGAGCCGGCCCGGGUCUGCAUCAUGUGCCAGGAGGAGGCCCGCGUGGACCUGAAAGCGGAGCCGCUAGUGCUGGUGGCGUUCGUGCAGCAGUCGAGCGUGCUGACGCGGACGCGGCGCGAGCAGCACGAGGCGUGGCGCGCCGCCUGGCUGCCCGCCGGCCUGGGGCUACAGCCGCAUGUGUCCAGCUGUGGCCACGCGCUGCACGCCGCCUGCUGGAGGAACUACGUCGACAACGUACAGGACAAGGAGAACCGCAGACCAUACCGAGGCCGCCAACCAGCAGCAUUUGACGUCGAAAAGAAAGAAUACUUGUGUCCUCUAUGCGAGCGACUGUGCAACACCGCGCUUCCUCUCCUCCCCGCACCCUCCAUCCCAGUAGGCACUCCCCCACCCCUCACAGAAGAAAGUUACAACGAAUCAGUGAGCAUGAUCCUCAAAUUGAAACACCAAGUCAGCUCCGAAGCUCUUCACAUUUGCACUGAGUUCUGUGAGGAGAUGCACUGUCAAGCGCGAGCCAGGAGUGUUGGUGCGAUGUCCUCUGACAUGGAGGAUGGAGAACUGGCUGAUGAGACUGAGGUCUACGUCUCGACUCACGCUGAAAACCUCCUAAAACCUGACUUCCUAGUACACUUUGAUGCUGAGAUUCCACCCUACAAUGACAUGACUAAAACGUUGAUCGAAGAUUUUGCUAAUAUCCUUCCAAUCUCGGAAUACGGCGGUAUGGUAUCAAGUGCUGCCCUCUACAGGUCGACAUCGUACACCAUACUCAGCACAAAUGCAGUCUUGCAAGCCGAGAACAGGCCGCUACUGGGCGAGCUACCAGCCAGACACAGGGACACUCUGCAGGCACUGAUCAGACUGGCAGCAGCAUUGCCUUCAGUCUGGUCGUCACCCAAACAUCUGUCACACCACGCACUCAGCACGCUGAAUACUCUAGAAAGUACCUCCCCACUUAGUCAUGAACCGUUCGGUACCCUCGUUGCCCUAGUACUAACCGCACCGUGUCUGUUCUGCAAAGCUGGUGGUCCGGCCAGACCCUCAAACCUCGCCAAGCAGAUCACACUACAAUGCCUAAGAGCUACUAUAACCAGAGCACUCCUCGUUACUGACCUCACUACCUGUAGGAGUGAGCCCAUGGAGGGCCAAGAGGACUUUAAAAACGCAGACUUAGAGAAUCUCCUUCCAUUAAUAAAGGAGUUACGGAAUGGAAUACUAGAAGAUUGUUUGAACCCUACAGAGGUAUGGCAGCUGAUCCAAGGCCAAUGUCAUACGUUCCUGCGCUGCUGUUGUUUGUUCUAUCACUUUUUAAGUGACAUCAGUGCGCCUUCUGAGUUGACUGUGGUUGGGGGAGAUACAUGGGAGUCUCUCUGUGGAUACCUGGACAUGCCCACGACCUUUAAGGAACUCGUGGAUACUCCUUCAGCUAGAAAGAAGAUCAUGGAAUGGGUGGGAGUAUCAACGGAAUGGUUUACUGGUGAAAUUCCUCCUCAUGUCGUCACUGAGCCUAAGGAGCCUCCUAGUUUGAUCCCGUUACCAGAAGACUUCUCUGAACUGAUGAACUUGGUGUCGGAGUUCUCUUGUCCCAACUCUGAGCGCGAGGACAGCAAGAAGCCGACCAUGUGUCUCGUCUGUGGACAGAUACUGUGCUCGCAAAGCUAUUGUUGCCAAGCUGAUAUACCAAAGGUUUGUGAAAUCAUACAUUGUAUUGAAAAUAAAGCUCUACUAGUUUCAAGUUACAACGGGACUCUUAUUCAUGAGCGGCGUACGGAUAGCGGUGACGUUUCGUGAGCCAACUCAGUCAGUUGAACUAGUAGAGCUUUUCUCAGUUAUUCACAAAAGUAAGUCGUUAUUUUCAUAGAAUUUGCCAUAGUUACUAAUAAAAAAUCAUAGAGUUUAUCGUCUACAGUUGUUCGUACGAUACGUUUAUACAGGUAAUGUUUAGGUAGAAACGGUAUGGAUGAUGGAUCUAAAUCAGACAGAGAAAAAGAAAGAGGUAUUAAUAUGGCUAGAUUUUGAGAGUUUGUUGUGUGCAGCGGCCUGUUGUUUUAUAGUAAUACAGUGUAGAGUAACGUGGUGUUUGAUGGCAGUGGGGCCGCAGCGGGGAGAUGCAGCGCG